UUUUUCGUAGUAUUUUACGCAAAUCAUUAGUUUUGUUUAUUGCUUUUUGAUACAAGUACAAUAUAUGCUAUUUUUAAUUCAUCGUCUGCCUGCUUUUUGUUGAUAAUAUCUUCUAACACGUCUUAGCAUGUCUAUUGUUGUGGAUGUUUUCUACAGCAGUUAAAGUUCUAGUUUAAGUUAAUCUUUCAACUGAUCGUUGACUGUAAAUGUAUUAAGAGACUUAAGUUCAGAAUUAUAAUACUAGUAAUAGUAAUAAUAAUAGAGUGAUGGAGGCUCCGCCGGUUACUGUGAUGCCCGUCACGGGUGGAACUAUAAACAUGAUGGAGUAUCUUCUGCAAGGCAGUGUACUGGACCAAUCUCUGGAGAGUCUCUUGCAUCGCCUCCGGGGCCUGUGUGAUAACAUGGAGCCUGAGAGCUUUGCUGAUCACGAGUUGGUGUAUCUCCUGAAAGGUCAGCAGGGCAACCCGUUCAUCCUGCGUGCCCGCCGCUCGCUCCUCGACCCCUCCGUCCCCUGGCACCUGCGCUAUCUGGGUCAGCCCGAGGUGGGCGACAAAAGCCGUCAUGCCCUGGUGCGGAACUGCGUGGACGUGGCAGCCUCGCACAGCUUGCCUGACUUCCUCAAUGAGAUGGGCUUCCGCAUGGACCAUGAGUUCGUGGCCAAGGGUCAGGUGUUCCGGAAGGGUGUGAUGAAGGUGGUGGUGAGCAAACUGUCGCGUGUGCUGGUUCCUGGAAACACGGAUAACACGGAGCCGCUCUCUCUGUCGUAUCUUGUUGAGCUGAGCGUUCUGGCUCCUGCGGGACAGGACACUGUGUCUGAGGACAUGAGGAGCUUCGCAGAACAGCUCAAACCUCUCGUUCACCUGGAGAAGAUUGAUCCCAAAAGACUCAUGUAGAGAACAUGACCUACAGACUGAGAUUUUUAAUUCGGUGAAUAGGUGUUAAGACUGCAUUUAUUUGGAAUAUUUUUGAUGAUUGUUUUCUUUUUUUGUAAUUGAUGAAAUGCUAAUUAAAAUCUUUAAAUAAAAAUAUUCAUUCAUUCA